AUGCACGGCUCAUUCUCAUCCCAGGCCUAUGAGGGAAACCAGGUACUCAGCUGGAGCAAGCCAAAGUCUGAUGUCUUCUUUCUUAGCCGAGCAGAACCUCACUAUAUGACUAGUCCCCCGGAAUUCAAUGAAGGUGCCGAUGAAUUGAGGCUGUCAAAUGGAACUGGACCCUGCUCUGGGAGAGUGGAAGUAAAACACAAUGAGACAUGGGGAACUGUGUGUGAUGGUGACUGGUCCAUAGAAGAUGCUGAAGUUGUUUGUAAGCAAAUGCAAUGUGGAUCUGCUGUUCAGGCCCUCAACCGAGCUCCUUUUGGAGAAGGAUCUGGCCCAACGUGGCUGUACCGAGUUGACUGCCGUGGUGAUGAACGUGCCCUCUGGAGCUGCCCACACGCAGGAUGGGGUGCCUUCACCUGCCCCCACUACUUUGAUACUGGCGUGACGUGCGCAGGUUUCUCUGGGCUGCGCCUGGCCGCAGGGCAGACUGCCUGCUCGGGGCGUCUGGAGGUGCAGCACCAGCAGAGCUGGGCUGCAGUGUGUUUUUCACACGUCGAUUUCCAAACCGCCUCCGUCAUAUGUCAGGAGUUAGAGUGCGGCCAGGCUGUGGAUGUUCUGAGAGGAGCUCACCUUGGAGACAGUCACGAGCUGACCUGGCAGGAGGAGUUCCGCUGCGUGGGGAACGAGACGCGCCUGGCGCACUGCCCCCGGACGCUGCGCCGCGGGCACGCCUGCUCUCAUGGUGCCACCGUGGUAUGCUCAGGUGAGGCUGGGCUGAUGGAUGUAAGGCUGGCAAACGGCAGCAACGCAUGCUCAGGAAGAGUAGAGCUUCUUCAUGGAGGCACAUGGGGAACCCUGUGUGACUACCUGUGGGAUCUACCAGCUGCCAACGCCCUGUGCCAGCAGCUGGACUGUGGAGUUGCCCUGCUGGUACCAGGUGGCCAGUCCUUCGGGCAGGGGAACGGCUCUGUGUGGAACGGCACCUUCAGCUGCAGGGAUGGCUCCCAGCCCAGAGGCUGUCCUGUGAGUGUGCUCGGCCAGGACGAGUGCCCUGCUGGGAACGACGCCCGUGUGGUCUGUUCAGGGUGCCCAGGGGGCAGGUUGGUGGGUGGCACCACGUGCUCUGGCAGAGUGGAGAUCCGCCACGGAGACACGUGGGGAAGACUCUGCCGCUCCCAGUGGACCCUGCAAGCUGCCAACGUUCUCUGUCGCCAGCUGAACUGUGGCUAUGCCAGAUCAAUCCAGACAGGAGAACACUUUGUCGAGGGGAACGGGCCUGUGUGGAGAGAUGCUUUUCACUGUGAAGGGACAGAGUCCUGCCUGUGGGAUUGUGCUCAGGUGACUCUGGGCAAUCCAAACUGUUCAGAAGCAGCCACCGUUAUUUGCUCAGGUCUUGCAGAGCCACUGAGACUCUCGGGUGGUGAGAGCCGCUGUGAGGGGCGAGUUGAGAUCUCGCUCCAUGGCGUGUGGAGCAGAGUCCUGGAUGAUGACUGGGACAUUAAGGAUGCUCAGGUGGUAUGCAGGCAGCUCCAGUGUGGAAUUGCUCAGAAAGCCUACUCCCUUCCCAAAUCCGAGCGAGGUGUGGGUCUUGUUGGCUUACGAAGUGUGCAGUGUGCUGGAAAUGAGACUGAGCUGAUGCUCUGUAAGACCUCCCGCUCUCAGACGGCGCCCAUGGGAGUUGCUGAAGACGUUGGUGUGAUCUGCUCAG